UUGCUUCUCUCGCUCCCCUUCAGCCUCGCCAUGUUCUCGGGUUAAAUCUGUCGCCCCAGAUUUUUGUUAUCGCAGAAUAACUUUCAUCGCGCCGCUGACAGCUGUCAAAGUACCAAGAUGUCGAAUGUGUCUUACCACAUCUCCAACUUGUUGGAGAAAAUGACAUCUACUGACAAAGAUUUUAGGUUCAUGGCCACUAAUGACCUGAUGCUGGAGCUCCAAAAGGACAGCAUCAAACUGGACGAGGACAGUGAGAGGAAAGUGGUGACCAUGCUGCUAAAGCUGCUGGAGGACAAGAACGGGGAGGUGCAGAACUUGGCUGUUAAAUGCCUGGCCCCUCUGGUGAGCAAAGUGAAGGAGCCUCAGGUGGAGACGAUGGUGGACACGCUGUGUUCAAACAUGAUGUCGGACAAGGAGCAGCUGAGAGACAUUUCCAGCAUGGGACUGAAGACUGUGAUCGCUGAGCUGCCGCUGUCUUCGUCAGGUUUGACACUGACAAUCAGUGUGUGUAAGAAGAUAACCUCCCAGCUGAUUGGUGCCAUCGGGAAACAAGAAGAUGUGUCAGUUCAGUUGGAGGCCCUGGACAUCCUGUCGGACAUGUUGGGAAGGCUGAGCGGUGCACUGGUCAGUUUCCACAGCUCUCUGCUCUCCAGCCUGCUGCCUCAGUUAACCAGCGCCAGGAUGGCGGUCAGGAAGCGCUCCAUCUUGGCUCUCGGUCACCUGGUGCCCUGCUGUAGCCCCGCCCUCUUCUCCCAGCUGACUGAGCACCUUUUGACAGAGUUGGCCAAAGGUCCGCCCACUUCAAUGAUGAGGACAUACAUCCAGUGCCUGGCAACUGUUAGCCGUCAGGGCGGCCAUCGAGUCGGUGAGCAUUUAGAGAAGCUGAUCCCCAUGGUGGUUAAAUUUACCGGUGUGGAGGACGACGAGCUCAGAGAAUAUUGUUUCCAGGCCUUUGAAGCCUUUAUACGCAGGUGUCCAAAGGAGAUGUCUCCCCAUGUCGCCACAGUAACAAAGCUUUGUCUUAAGUUCAUGACCUUUGACCCCAACUAUAAUUAUGACAAUGAGGAGGAGGAGGAAGAAGAUAGCAUGGACAUAGAGGACGGACUUGAUGAAGAUUUCAUCCGGUGCUUCCUUUGUAAAUUCUGCUUUGUUGUGCUAAAAAAACGCAAGCUGUUUUAA